AUGUCAUCGACAGACCUCGAACAAGACCCCACACCUAAGGACAUCGCCGACCGCGAACGCGAAGAAAAAGAGCGCAAGGCAAAGGAAGAGGCAGAACAGGCGCAGCUCCCCUACAAAUGGACGCAGACGAUCCGCGACGUGGACGUGACGAUCCCCGUGCCGGCGAACAUCAAGGGCCGGGAUCUGGACGUUGUGUUGACAAAGACGAAGAUCAAGGUUGCGAUUAAGGGCAGGAGGCGACUGACAUGGCGGGAGCAGGGCGACCUUCCUCACCCUAUUAUCGUGGAUGAAUCGUCCUGGACGCUGGAGACGACGUCCCAGCCUCCCGGGAAGGAGGUCUCGGUGCAUCUGGACAAGGUCAAUAAGAUGGAAUGGUGGGCUCAUGUUGUGACAACGGCGCCGAAGAUCGACGUCAGCAAGAUCACGCCGGAGAACUCCAGUUUGAGUGAUUUGGAUGGCGAGACGAGGGCGAUGGUCGAGAAGAUGAUGUACGAUCAGCGGCAGAAGGAGAUGGGCGGGAUCUCUAGCGACGAGCAGCGGAAGAUGGACAUUCUGAAGAAGUUCCAGGCUGAACAUCCAGAGAUGGACUUUUCCAAUGCAAAGAUUGGUUAAGGUGGUGCGGAUCUACUGCUAUUGAUUGUAUGGAUUAAUGAUAUCAGUGUACUUGAG